AAGCCUAAGAAUAAACAACUUAUUCCUUCAUUUCUUGAUCCUUGUCUCUUCCUGCCCUGGGAGUUGUGGACACUCGAAGUUCCACGUUCUAUCAACUGAUGCUUUCAUCGAUUUCGGCUUUCUCUAUAUUCCAGCAUGACACACGCGGAAGACAACCCUCAAUCCAGUACCAUUGAGCCGCAGCCAUGGGAAGACACUGUUGCCGAGAUCCGUAAGCGUUUGGAAGAGCAGGCUUUUUUCGCCCACCAUAGUACCCAGGCCUUACAACGCAGCAUCCACCAACUCACCCAAACUGUUGAAACUCUCACCCGCAACAGAAGCCCACCGCCAAACAUCUCCACCGUCUCCACCGCCAUCAAUACCACAGAGCACAACCCUCCACGAGUCCAUAGGCUCAAAAUUGACCUUCCCAAAUCUGACGGGACAGAUCCUCAUGGAUGGAUAUUCAAGGUGUAGGGGUACUAUGAUUACCACAAUAUUCCCGGUGAGCAACGUUUAUCCUCAGUCUCGUUCAUGGUUGAAGGAGAAGCUUCAGAAUGGUUUCACUGGAUGAAAACUAAUAGGUUGUUGGGGUCCUGGUCCAAUUUUCUAGAUCAAGUUAAGCUUCGCUUUGAUGCUACCCUAUCCGAGGAUUUUAUCGGUCGGUUAUCCAAGGCCCGUCAACUCACGACGGUGGCCGCCUAUCGUGCCGAGUAUGAGAAAUUGUUGAAUAAGGUCUCUAGUGUGCCCGAAACUGUGCUUAUUUCCAUGUUUGUCGCUGGAUUAAAAUCAACUCUACGAAGAGAAGUUUAUCGAGCCAAACCACAUACGUUGAUUGAAGCCUUUUCGCUAGCCAGUGAGUUCGAAGCACAACAGGGGGAACUCCAGGCUGAAUUCCACGUCAACACUUCGAAAGGGAACCAAAAAUCUCAUUACCCUCCUCCUCCAAUCACCCCACCGCCAGUGGCUUCUAGUUCCAGUACACCACCCAUACAAGCCUUACACCCGCCUAAACACCAAUCUUAUCCAUUACCCAUUAAACGGCUCUCACUAGCAGAACGCCAAGCCAAACUAGAUAAAGGUGAAUGCUUCAUGUGUGACCAAAAGUGGUCUAGAAACCAUAAGUGUUCAAGUCAGUUUUUAUUUCUCAUGGGUACAGAUGAUGAACAAGCUGAUGCUCGCAUUUUCACCUUUGAUCAUAGUGAUGACCACACCCUUUCAGGGGACAUUUCAAGUUUGAAUUCAAUGGCUGGUCCUGGUACACAACGUUCUUUAUGGUUGAAAGGUGAAUUAAGCGGCAUGGUCCUAAACAUACUGAUUGACGGCGACAGUACACAAAAUUUCAUUCGGCCCUCAGUGGCUGAACGCUCGCAAUUACGCCUCACUGAAGUACAACCAUUUCGAGUAUAUAUCGGUAAUGGUGACUCCCUUCGUUUUACCUACUGCUGCAAACAGAUUACCCUUACCCUGCAGGGACAUCAAUUUGUUGUGGAUCUGUAUGUCUUACCGAUACAAGGUCCCGAUGUUGUCUUGGGCGUACAAUGGUUACAAGAGCUUGGAAAGGUGACACAUGACUACUCUAAACUCACUAUGGAGUGUUAUUGGCACAAGAAACCCAUUUUCCUACGGGGUGAACCAUCCGCACAACCCAAGCAGAUCGGUUACAACCAUUUACAAGCUUUUUUUUUUCAAAUCAGAAGUCCAUAGCUGCUAUGAGAUUUAUCAAUUGGAAGCAAACGAUCUCACUCUGGAAUUGCAAUUCCCAGAUGUCAUUCCGCCAGAAAUUUUACACAUUUUGCAUCAGAAAGUCAAGGUGUUCUGCCACUCAUCACAACUACCACCUCGGCGUCUGUUUGAUCACCGCAUACACGUCCUGCCAGAAACAAAACCAGUAAAUGUUCGUCCGUACCGCUAUCCUCAUUUCCAGAAAGAGGAAAUUGAAAAAUUGGUUCAUGAGAUGCUCGAGUAAGGCAUUAUAUGACCAAGUCAUAGCUCGUUCUCCUCUCCGGUUCUGCUUGUGCGAAAAAAAGAUGGCACCUUUCGCUUUUGUGUUGACUAUAGGGCAUUGAAUGAAAUUACAAUCAAGGAUCAUUUUCCGAUUCCGACGGCGGAUGAACUCUUUGAUGAGUUAGGAGGCGCGACAGUCUUUACAAAGCUCGAUCUUCGCGCUGGAUACCAUCAAAUACAGAUGCAUGAAAAGGAUAUCUAUAAGACAGCCUUUCGAACUCAUGAAGGCCAUUAUGAGUUUCUUGUUAUGCCGUUUGGUUUAUGCAAUGCUCCGUCUACUUUCCAGGCUACGAUGAACAGGAUCAUUGCACCCUACCUCCGGAAAUUCGUCAUUGUCUUCUUUGAUGACAUCUUAAUAUACAGUCCAACAAUUGAACUCCAUAUGCAACAUUUAUUUGUGGUACUGGAGACAUUGGAGCACCACAUUUUUUAUCUAAAAUUGAGUAAGUGUGUUUUUUGCAGGACCUCUAUAGAAUACUUGGGCCAUAUCAUCACUGCGGGAGGGAUAAAAGCUGACCCCAAUAAAUUGGAAGCCAUGACCAGUUGGCGUCGACCUUCCUCCGUCAAACAACUGCGAGGACUCUUGGGAUUGACCGGAUACUACCGUCGGUUUAUCCGGAAUUAUGCGCACAUAGCCAAUGCCCUCACCAACCUACUAAAGCAUGACACAUUUCAAUGGUCUGACGAAGCAGAGAGCGCAUUUCAGACUCUCAAAGACACAAUGGUGUCGGCACCUGUUUUGACACUUCCAAAACAACAUUUAUUGUUGAGACUGAUGCCUCCACCACCUGCAUUGGGGUGAUUCUUAUGCAAGACAACCAACCCAUUGCAUUUUUUAGCAAGAAAUUGGGACCUCGGAUGCAAGCAGCUUCUGCCUAUCACCGGGAGUUACACGCGAUCGUGGAGGCAGUUCAUAAAUGGAGGCAAUAUUUGCUUGGCCGUCCGUUUGUUAUUCGCUCAGAUCAACGCAGCUUGAAGGAACUUUUACAACAAAUCAUCCAGACUCCGGAGCAACAACAAUAUGUUCGCAAGCUUAUUGGUUUCACCUUUACGAUAGAAUAUAAACCCGGGGUACUGAAUCGUGCCGUCGAUGCUCUUUCCCAUAGGGAUGACAGUCCAGAGGAUGACUCCAACCCGAUCCAGCUCCUUCUCACAUAUUGCCAGCCAUUCCCAACUUUACUAGAAGAACUUGAUGCAGAAAACACCUCACUUGAGGAUUUACAACAGCUGCACAAACAGUUCCUUGAAGGUACUCUCUGGCCACUCAAUACACGGUGCGCAAUGGAAUUCUCAUGUAUGAAAACCGCUACUACAUCAGCCCGCAGUCAAAGUUGAAGCAUCAGUUACUACAGGAGUACCAUACCUCUCGCAUCGCCGGACAUGCUGGAGUUAAACGCACCUUAGCUCGACUUGCUGCAACCUUUUAUUGGCCACAAAUGCGCAAAGACGUUGAGCAGUUUAUUUCUUCUUGUCUUGUAUGUCAGACCACUAAAUACUCUACGCAGCCUCCAGCAGGCCGGGCGCCUACAACCCUUACCAAUUCCUUCUAUGUUCUGGCAACACGUUACAAUGGAUUUCAUCACCCACCUACCUCCAUCACGUGGUCUCACUAUUAUUAUGGUGGUACUUGAUCGUCUUACAAAAGUGGCUCAUUUUGGUGCCUUACCACACAGACAUGGUAGUCAAGCUCCAUGGUUUUCCAUAAUCAAUUGUUUCAGACCGUGACCCUAUAUUUAUGAGUCGUUUUUGGUCUGAUCUCUUCACACUUAGUGGCACCACCCUCAAACGAAGCACUGCAUAUCAUCCUCAAACUGACGGACAGUCCGAGGUCACCAACCAGGGCUUGGAGCAGUACCUUCACGUUUUACUCACUCACGACCUGCAAUGUGGACAUCAUACUUGACCUGGGCCGAGUAUUCAAUUAAUACCAGCUUCCAUGCUAGUAUUAAAAUGACACCGUUCAUGGCACUUUAUGGCAGACCUCCACCCGACAUUCCCAUCUACUCCAGAGAUACCACAAAGGUACAUACCUUGGAUGAUAUGUUACAAGACCGUGACACAUUUCUCCAGCAACUCAAGGUUAAUAUUCAGGAAGCUCAGCACCGUAUGACACAAUAUGCAAACAAUAAACGCCGGAAAGUCAACUUCAUUGUAGGUGAUUGGGUUCUUCUCAAAUUACAGCCCUAUAUACAACAUUCGGUUGGCCGGCCAAUGAGUCAGAAGCUUUCCAAACGCUACUACGGGCUUUUUAAGGUCCUGGAGAAAAUUGGUGCGGUAGCAUACCGACUUGAGUUGCCAGAUAAGGCUAAAAUACACCCAGUUUUUCAUGUGUCCUUAGUAAAACCAUUCCGAGGAGAUCAGUCACCUACCACCCCCGCGGAGUUGCCAAACGACUUUAUUGAUGACAGACCAAUCUCGACACCAGUAGCAAUUCGAGGUACGUGCACGGUUUUACGGAAUGGAGUAAAGGAGGAUCAGGUGCUAGUUCAAUGGAGUGACACUGGUCCAGCAAAUGCAACCUGGGAGCCACUCAUGUCACUACCAAACCAUCAACAAAUACCUCACCUUGAGAACAAGGUGGUUGUCGAAGAGGGAGGAGAUGAUACGACCAUAUCAAGCCCACCGCACCGGCCACAACGGGAAUGCCGGAAAGUAGGAUGGAUGACUGACCAGUACGUCUAUGAUUGAGCAUAAAUUUAGGAGACCAAUAAGGAAUGGAAUCAAGUGAAUGCUGGACAGAUCAUAUUCCUUAAAUUAUAUGCAUAAUCAUAGGAAUAAUUAUGUCAAAUAAGGGUAUAAAAGGAGGUAUUGUAUUAGAACGAAGCAAGCCUAAGAAUAAACAAAUUAUUCCUUCCUUUCUUGAUCCUUGUCCCUUCCUGUCCUGGGAGUUGUGGACACUCGAAGUUCCACGUUCUAUCACGCCCUGGCAGAGAAAUUGCAUAUGCCGUCAAGUGGAUGCGGUUGGGCAGCACUCCGUCUCCGAUGGGGAAGAAGGAGACCGCAGCUCCCAAAUCGCGAAGAUGCAAAUGGUAGAACUGCAGUCUGAAGCGUUGAUUCUGAGUCUAAUUGGGGGAAGGGCAAAAAUGUAACGUGGACUUCUAUUUAGGGAAUAAUAAACUUAUACUCCUAUUUGGGAAUUUUAAUUUACUAAUGUUUUAGUCUCAUUUAGGGCAAUUUCUUCUGUCUAAAACAUUGGAUUAUUGAACUACACUUCUUGUCGAUCUUGUAUAAUGAAACAUAAUAAUAACUUUGAACAUAUAAAUCAUAUUCCCUAAAAGUUAUUUCAAAUUCAUAUAGUAACUUUGCAUAAUAAGUCACUUACAUUUUUAUUUGUAUCUUUGUUUUGGUUAUGUGUGUGUGUGUGUCAUUAUAUGAUAUGGAUCUCAAUGCAGGUUGGCUUUAUUUGUAGGAGAAUGUUUCGUUUUGAUUGGAACUAUUGAGCUAUUAACAAAAUGUCGAAACCCUAAAUUAUUCUGCAUGGGAGGAGCUGUUUGGAUUCUCCAAUUUGUCACUGCCAUGCUAUACACCGUGUUUUUGUCAAGACUCAAGACAAUCGAAUAACGGCGGUUCCGCUGCCACUUCUUCAUUUCAAUUAACUUCCUUAGCUUCACGCCGAGUUAGGGAAUCCAGUGAGCGAAAGUCCAGAUUUGGGUUAACAUGCUUAAUUAUCAUUGUUUCCUCUUUAAUACUCCUAUCCAAACAUAAUUGUCCUCGAGAGUGGAGACCCUAAUACUUAAUUGUAUGUUUAAUGAUUUAACAUGUCACGCAAAAUGUUUGCUGGCUAAAAAGACCAACUUAUAGUUCAUGUGUGGCUAUGUUCGGUAUUGAGGUCUAAGAGGAUCGUAUUACUUAGCUUGUUGGAGUUUAAUUGGCUUUGAUUUAAUAUUAUUAUUAUGUUUCAUUACAGAAGAUUGACAAGAAGUGUAGUUCAACAAUCCAAUGUUUUAAACAUUAGUUUAUACCUUUAAUUUAUACGCGUGUGCCCGGACGUCCGGUGUAACCUUGAUCUAGGUGACUAGGAGCUCGUUUAGUAACCUUGAUCUAGAUGUUUUGGUCGGUGAAGCUAGUGUGCGGUGGACAAGUCGGGGUUGCAAUGAUUAAGUGACAAUGGAAGGUGGAGGUGAAAGUGAUGAUGGUGGGAGCAAGCCUGGGAGCUGAGGCGGAUGAGAACAACCCGGAACCUGGUGACCCGG